AUGGCGACGUCCAGUUCGCUCCAAGCUCGUCUACGUCGUGGCGAAAUCCCCUGUCGUGGUGUCAAUCUCGGUGGAUGGCUCGUUGCUGAGCACUGGAUGACAUGGGACUCGUGUGUGUGGCACGGUGUGCCGGAUGAUAUCAAAACCCAAGGCGAAUACGCGACGAUGAAGUUCCUGGGUCAUGAAGAGGGCGACCGCCGGUUCGACGACCACCGACGGACGUGGAUCACCGAAUCAGAUAUUGCGGAAAUCAAGCGGUUCGGACUCAACGUGGUGCGCGUGCCAGUAGGGUACUGGAUCAUGGGCUACGACCCCACCGACAUUUCGAACAAGCAGGAGUGGACAGUCUUUGCGCCUUAUGCGCUGCAGUACUUGGACGAGUUGGUCAACCAUUGGUGUGUGAAGUACGACGUUCCAGUGAUUGUGGACAUCCAUGCAGCAAAAGGCUCCCAGAAUGGUCGUGACCACAGUGCUGCAGUCACGAGUGGAGUCACGUACUGGGGACAAUACCCGGAAAAUGUGGACAACACGGUGCAUCUAGCCAAGUUCCUGGCCUCGCGAUACCGCGAUAGUCCAGCCUUUGUUGGUCUUGGUCUACUCAAUGAACCAGAGCACCCAACGGACCAAAAUGUGCUUCGAGGUUACUAUGAGCGUGCCUAUGCUGAGAUCCGUGCCACGGGCAACGACUGCGUGCUGACGGUCGCGCCACUGUUGACGGAGCAGAGACCUCCAUGUAUGGAAGACUUUAUGCGCUUUCCACAGUUUGUGAACGUGUGGCACGAAUGGCACCCGUAUUUUCUAUGGGGAUACGAAGGUCAGAAACGUAAACAAGUGCUACAAGCUAUCCGCUGCUACGGCGACCAGAUCUCAUCGUGGAGUGGCAAUUGGCUCCUUAUUGACGAAUGGAGCUUAGGUGCUCAGAGCUAUGCGUUUCCAAGCGAAGACCGCCACGGACUUCGCCAGUUCGCGUCGGCACAACUUGAAGCAUUUCGCAAAGCUCACGCGGGAUGGAUCUUUUGGUCCUGGCGCCACUCGGAUGACGGACACAACCGCCCAACGGGGUGGUCGAUGAGGCAAUUACUGCGCGACGGUGUCAUUCAGCUUGGGGAGACGACGGGGUGGUCGGUGAAGCAGUUACUGCGCGACGGUGUCAACCGGCUACGGGAAGUGUAA